AUGGGUUUAGCCACUCUAUUCCUUUUCUUUGCUCUCUUCUUCGGCUCUGAGGUGAAAAGUGCUGCAGGGUACUAUGCAGUCCUCUCUGUGACUAAUGGGCAGUCAUGGGGAAGCUGGGGCAGUCAGGCCUUCUGUCCAACUGGCUUUUAUGCGACAGGUUUUAGUCUUAAAGUUGAGCAUGGCCAGGGAGGCGGCGAUGACACUGCAUUGAAUGGCAUUCGCCUCCAUUGCUCACGGCCAGGGAAUAACUAUUGGAGGGAUGUCGAAUCAACAUCAGGACCGUGGGGUGAAUGGACACAAACUCAGUUUUGUCCGUCUGGGUCACUAAAGUCCUUUGAUCUGAGGGUGGAGCGAAAGCUUGGUGACGGCGACGACACUGCAGCGAACAACAUCAAGUUCAAGUGCUCUGGUGGUGCGAUGCUGGUAGGCUAUGGUAUGUCCUGGGGAGACUGGGGAGGAUGGAGUACUGAGUGCUUCGUUGGUAGGAUCUGUGGUAUUCAGACAAAGGUGGAACAGCCUCAAGGCAGAGGAGAUGACACUGCUCUUAAUGAUGUACGCUUCUUCUGCUGCAGUUAGAG